AUGUUGGUGACUGAAUCAUUUCAUGGAUUUAUUGAAACUACUCAAGAUGUCUUGCUUAUCUUUGAAGGUUGUCGUCGUGGUCUUUUGCCAAGAAUAUGUCGACGUUUACAAGAAAGAGAACGAAAAAUGAUACGAUCUGGUUCUGUAUUUGUAUUUGAUCAACGUGAAUCAGGCAUCAAACGAUGGACGGAUGGUCGUGUAUGGAGUCCUUCAAGAAUAUUGGGUAAUUUUCUCAUCUAUCGUGAAUUAGACAAACGGAAUACUGGGGAUAAAAAGAUGUCUAUAUCUUCUACAUCAUCAGUUGGAUCUUUGGAUGAACGACGACUUAGUUAUAGUAUGGAAAAUACAACAACAUCAUCAACUACUACUACUACAGCUGGUUCUGUGGAUCGAAAUAGGGAUCGACAAUUAGUGGGAAGCCUCUCUGAUACAUACAAAUUUCGUCAAGAUGGUUUAAUCAAAAAAACAAUGUCAAUUGUGGUCAAUGGAGUAUCUCAACAUUUGAUUUCUUAUUAUGAUCCUCGUGAUGUUCUUCAACAAAAGUUACGUACACCUUCUUCUGUCCCUGAACUGGCUAGUUUGGAAAUAUCUCCUGAAUUAUUAGUCAAACAAAAUUUCAGGAUUCCUCCCAUGGUAGAGCCCACUUUUGAUCAUAAUGAUGGUCUUUCUUCAACUGCUAAUGGUCCUCUUACUCCUCCUGAUUCUCUUUCUGGCUCUUUGGGUAAGCACAUUUUUUAUUGGUUUAAACUAUUUAUCUCCGUUUAUUAUGGGGUAUAUUUUUUUUAUUAA